AAAAACCAAUAAUUUUAAGCACUACCUUCAGUUGUCAUUGUUAAAAACUUCAGUCAAGAUGAAAAUCAUUUUAAUCUUCUUUAUUUUCGUAGCUGUUGCUGCACGCGUAGAUGCAAAGAAAAGAUGUUACCCACUACCAGCAUGUGGACAGAAUGAAGUCUAUUCAGAUUGUGGUGCCAAUAGCUGUCAAUUAACAUGCGAAAAACAAAACAAUGGUAAUUUCUGUACUGCCGAAUGCAAGGCUGGAUGUAUCUGUGAAAAUAAUUAUGUUCGUGAUUCAAAUGGAAAAUGUGUUCUUGUAAAGAAUUGUCCACCACUUUUAACAUGUCUAGAAAAUGAGUAUUAUCAUCCUUGCUCUACAUAUUGUGAAGAACCAACAUGUGGAAAUCGAAAUGGAACUAUUUGUGGUGUUGAAUGUCAACCAAAGUGUCUUUGUAUGGAAGGCUUCGUCCGAAGUGUUAAUACUGUAUGCAUAAAUGCCACAAUGUGUAAUGGCUCAUUUUCAUGGUCUUACAAUUAAUAAUAGCUUUUGGCUAUGUUUGAAACCUCAUUAAAA